AUGUCUAUCGAAGAGCCUCUAGAAGACCACCUAUUUCACUUCCAGCGGUUAUCGUUAUGGCCUGGAACUCGGGAGUUGAAGCAUUUUUCGCUUAAAGAUACCAUUUUUGGAUACUCACAAUCCUUGUUUUAUUGCACCUUAUCUAAUAGGUCCCAUCGUUUUAUGAGUAUAUUGGAGGAUUUGAUGGCAAUGAAUUCUGGAUUAAUUCAGAAACGUGUUCACCGUUAUCGGAACAGUCCAAACUACCCAAUAACUGGUAAACCACCAUUGAAAAAGUGCGAGGAGCUUUUCCGACGAAUCACCAAUGUACAUGUAAACCAUAUUUACUUGUUCACAAAGAACAAAUUAGAGUUUCGCGAAACCACCACCGCCAUACGUCCCUCGAUUUUCCGUGCUUCAUUUCUCUCCAUUCGACCGAUAUAUACCGAUGAUGAUAAAAGGCCACUGAAUUUCGCAGUGAAUGAAAGUGCAUUUUGA